AAGGAAUACAGAUGUGACAAGAAAUACAGAUGUGACAAGAGAUAUAAAUAUGACAAGAGAUACAGAAGUGAGAAGAAAAAUAGGUGUGACAAGAACUUUAAAUGAGAUAACAAAUACAAAUGUGACAAUCAAUACAGAUGUGACAAGAAAUACAGAUAUGACAAGAAAUACAAUUCUUUUCAGCAAGACUGGGGUAUGGGUUUCAAAUGAUUUUGGGCAAAGAGGACCUAACUGGCCACAAGCUUAUGUGAUCAGGCGACAGCGUGAUAUGAGAGGAUAUUUAACAAUAGGAAUACCAUCGAUCAAGCGACCAAUCAAAAAGCCGUAUCUUCUUAACACCUUGCGAUAUAUCAUGGAAAACACAUGGGAAGAUGAACGGCCUCAAAUCGUAAUAAUUAUAUUCCUGGCAGAUGAAGACA